AUAUCGAAGGUUUGUUCUGAAAGCACGAUAAUGUUUGAAAACUACAGGUUUCGGCUUCAGCUCCCAGCAGCGAACCGGUUAAGAUAGAGAGAGAAUCCAUGGCGCAAUUGCUCUCGUUUCGCGUCUAUCUCUCUGCCGAAACGCAGAAAGCUUCUCCAGAGUCGUUUAAGCGAACCCAAAAGACUCGCAAACCGUUCACGCCUGGUCAGAGAGGUCCAGUGAGGAAACCUCAGAAUCUGAAUUUGGAGGUUUCUCCACAUAGAGCUGUAUCUGCGGUCAGAUUGAUGAGAAUUGAGUUCGGUGGUGCGUUUGCUGAUCUUUUGAAUGAGAAAGGCAAAGGGUCUGGGAGCAAUGAGAUGAGUUAUGUUGAAAGAACCAUCGGUUUUCGAACACGCGAUUUGGAUGACCGGGAUCUUAGACUGGUUACUGAUGUUGUUGGAGGAACAAUACGUUGGAGAAGGUACCUUGAUCACUUGAUUGGUUCCCUUUGCCACAACGAAAGGACGUUUCGAAACAUGGAGCCUCUUCUGUUGCAGAUUCUCCGCAUUGGUUUCUAUGAGAUCAUUAAGCUUGAUAUGCCAGCAUACGCUGUUGUAGAUGAGAACGUAAGGCUUGCAAAGAUUGCGCUUAGACCUGGUGCUGGAGAUCUUGUCAAUGGGAUUCUUCGUAAGCUUGUCUCUCUUAAGGAAAAAGACGCACUUCCUUUACCCAAAGUGGAAGGGGAUGAUCGUGCACAAGCACGUGCACUUGCUACACUUCAUUCACACCCCGUUUGGAUGGUUAGGCGAUGGGUGAAGUAUCUUGGGUUGGAUGAAGCCACUAAGCUGAUGACGUGGAACAACACUGAUCCUGGAUUCAGCUUAAGGGCCAAUAUGGGAAGGGGCAUUACAAGAGCAGACCUUGUGGAGCGUCUGAACUCUUUAAAGGUUCCACACGAACUGUCCUUACACUUGGAGGACUUUGUCCGCAUCAAAACAGGAUUGCAGAUGGUUGUGCAAGCUGGUUUACUCAAAGAAGGCAUAUGCUCUGUCCAGGAUGAGAGUGCAGGACUAGUAGUCUCAGUGGUGAAACCUCAGCCGGGAGAUAGGAUACUGGACGCAUGUGCUGCUCCUGGAGGGAAGACCCUUUUCAUGGCGUCUUGCUUGAAACGCCAAGGUAUGAUAUAUGCUAUGGAUGUGAAUGAAGGACGGCUCAGAAUUCUUGGGGAGACGGCAAAAUCACACCAAGUUAAUGGACUUAUCACAACCAUUCAUUCAGAUCUCCGUGUCUUCGCUGAAACCAAAGAGGUACAAUAUGAUAAAGUGUUGCUUGACGCCCCUUGUUCUGGACUCGGUGUCCUCUCCAAGAGAGCGGAUUUGCGCUGGAACCGUAAACUAGAAGACAUGGAAGAACUUACGAAUCUGCAGGAUGAGCUUCUUGAUUCUGCCUCCAAACUGGUGAAGCCAGGUGGGUUCUUGAUAUACAGUACUUGCUCGAUCGACCCCGAAGAAAAUCAAGGAAGGGUCGAAGCGUUUCUCCUAAGACAUCCUGAGUUCUCGGUAGAUCCAGUAGACAGAUUAGUACCAUCAAGUUUUGUAACUCUGCAAGGCUUCUUUUUAUCCAACCCAGUGAAACACUACUUGGAUGGAGCGUUUGCAGCUCGUCUGGUUAGAGCCUUAUGAUGUAAAAGUCAAGCUUCUGAAGAUCAUCUUGAUGACAGAGAGAGUUGUGGUUCCAUUUGUGUCUAUGAGAGCAAAGAAGGUACGGAAACACCUUUUUGUUGAAAAGGGAUCCAUGCAUAGAGUUAAAGAUGUUAUGAGAAAUCUUGUAAACUUUGUAGAGAUGAUUGAAUACCUAGUGAAUUGUUUGUUGGUAUGUAAACAUCAUGCUAUUUUGAACAAUAUGAAUAAAAUGCCUUACCGUUUAA